AUGGACAAGUCAUCCGCUCGAAACCCGUCCGGGUCAUUGCAGGUCAAUGGCCUGCUGUCACCUCCUCUCACACCAGACCCGAACCACAGAGCCAGCAACGCCAUGGGCAUCAUUGACGGUGCCUUUGACGACGUACGGCCACCCUCCCCAAAUCCCAGUGUAUCUUCAAGCACGGGGUUCAGCUCAGACCCCCGAACCUCCUCAACCUUCACCGCAACCUCCCAAACAUCUUCCCAUACCGCAGCCUCCUCCCCAGAUCUUAGCCGCGAUGACCCACAUCCCCUCCCACCCAACUACGCCGUGCACGACGAGCACGAAUACAACAACAACAACAACAACAACAAGCCCUCCCUUACCACGGCCACAGCCACGGCCACAUCCCCCACCUCACCUAUCUCACCCGCCGCGCACCGCGCCAGCACCAAGCCCCGGCCGUACACAGACGGGCGACAGGACGCCCCGUUCCCGCGGCUGUCCAAGCCCGUGGAGCUGCUGCGCAGCGCCUACGACGUGGUGGUGAUCGGGUCCGGGUACGGCGGCGGCGUGCCGCCCUCCCGCAAGGCUCGCACUGGGGUCAGUCUGUUUGCCUGCUCGAGCGCGGCCCGCGAGAAGUGGCCCGGUCGAAGUACCCCCGCUGGCGCGAUCGAUGCGGGCGAAGGAGCUGCAAUUAUUCGGGCAUGUUCUCGCCCGGGACUUGGUGGGACAAGUCUGAUUAAUGCCAAUGUGUUCAUGGAGGCGGAUAAGGAGACACUAGCGAUGAAAGCAUGGCCUCCUGAAAUUCGCGAGAAUGUGGAAGAGUUGGAUAAGUACUACAAAAAGGUGGAAGAGGUCCUUGACCCCCAGGAAUACCCGGCCGAGUGGCCUGAACUCCCCAAGGCCAAGCUACUCCAGAAGCAGGCCGAGCUGAUGGGGCUCGGGGGCAAGUUCAAGAAGGUGCGCCAGACCACGCGCUUUAUCAACGGUCCCAACAGCUGCGGCGUCGAGAUGUCGCCGUCGUCCCUGACCGGCCAAGACGCCACUGGAGUCAAUGAUGGUUCUAAGAACACCACCCUUGUCACCUACAUCGCCGACGCCUGGAACUGGGGCGCCGAGUUGUUCUGCGAGUGCGAGGUGCGCUACAUCGAGGAGGACAAGAACGGCGAAGGAUACCUAAGGCUAUGGGGCUUGAGUACCUGGUGUCUGACAAGCAAUAGUUAUAAUACCGAUGAGACCGCCAAUGCCAUCGGGCAAGAGUGUCCGUCGCCAUACCACCCCAUCGGCCCGACCAUCACUAGCGUCAUUGAUUGCCGGGAGGACGAGACCAAGCCUGAUUUCAACCCAUUGGACGGGUUUGUGCUCGAGGAGGGUGCCAUCCCUCAUGCCCUGGCCCCUCUCUUCCAGGCAAUGAUCGAUCUCAUGCCGGGGAAGAAAGACCCCCAGAAUGAUACGCUUAUCGAGAAGACUCAAGCAGCCCUAGCAAGAUAUAGCAGCAGGUUCCUUGGGCCCUACUACAAGAAUGGGGCGGUGCAGAAAACACAGGUCUACCUCAUUAUGUCUCACGACAGCAACCAAGCCGUCUUGUCGCUCAAGGAUGACAAGCCGAUGCUUGAAUUUCUCGGUGUCGCUCGGGGUCAUCAUGUCAAGAAACUUAACAAGUUGCUUGAGAGAGCUACCGAGGUCGUUGGCGGUACCCUUGUACAAAGUCCCUUUUACGAGCUGUUGGGCCAACAGGUCACAGUCCAUCCCAUCGGUGGCGCGUGCAUGGCCCGAGACAACACGGGUAAAACCGGUGUAACCAACCAUGUUGGUAAAGUUUUCAGGGGAAGGAAUGGUGAGACCCACGACGGCCUGAUCGUGACGGAUGGCUCGGUAAUCCCUACGGCGCUUGCCGCCAACCCUUUUGCCACCAUUGCCGCGCUUGCUGAGCGCUCAGUUGAGGCAUACGCCAAGUCGCAGGGUCUCACCAUCAGCGAAGAGAAGAAUGCCAUCUUGGAUCUCCUCGGCGAGCCGCAGCAUAAGCCAAAACGCAUGCGGCCGAGUCACAAGCGCGAGCAGAUCAACGUCCUGGAAGAGCAGGAUAGCAUCAGCGUGGCUAAUAAAGUCAUCCGCAGCGCCCGCGAUGUCAGCGCGAGCGGUAUCGGUUUCACCGAGGUCAUGUCGGGUUUCAUCCACCCCGACGAGGACCUCAAGGAAGACAACAAGGACACGUACGAGCUUGCCCAUCGCAUGGCCAAGUCGCUAUGCGAGAGCGCGCGCUUUUUCCUGAGCGUGCAGGCGUUUAACACAAAGGAGAUGGUCAACCACGCGCAGCAUCGUGGCAUGCUGACGGGUACCUUCGUUUGCCCGGCCAUUCGAGGUUCGCCGUUUAUGGUGCAGCGCGGAGAGUUCAAUCUCUUCAUUCUCAACAACAAGGCGCCGGGUACCCGUAACUUGACGUACGACUUCGACAUGACCGGCGUCGACGGCAGGAAGCUGCACUUCCAUGGUUACAAAGUGGUCGACUCGUCAGUUGCCCUAGCCCCGUUCCAGUUCUGGAAGGCCACUAGCACCCUGUAUGUGACCAUCAGCCAACACGUGCCUUACAUGUGUGCCGAUCUCGACGACGAGGAUGCCUGGCGCCGGGCGCCUGUCAUCGCCAAAGGCAUCAUGCACAUCCAGCCUGCAGACUUCUUCUCGCAGAUCAACACCAUGACGCCCACUGGCAGCAACCUUCUCAAGAAAGCCAUCAGUGCGGUUCGUUUCCUGACCUACUUCACGCGCAAAUCCUUGUCACUUUUCCUCUCGCCGUUGACGCCCCUGGAAUAUCCCACCAAGACCUUCAGCGGCUUCAUCAACCACACGCCCGCCGACAAGUCCGUCGAGAUCCUCGCGUCGGACGGCGUGUCCUCGCGCAUGCACAUCUGGGAGCCAACCCACGUCCCCGGCAACGACCCCAAGAACAUCCGCAACCUCUUCAUGAUCCCAGGUGCCUCAGUUGACCACCAGAUCUUUGCCCUCCCGACCAUCCCCUACAACGCCGUCAACUACCUCACCCGCGCCGGCUACCGCGUCUUCGUCUCCGUCCACCGCAUCAGUCAGCUCAUGAUCGCCGGCAGCAACUGGACCACCUACGACGCGCGGCUGGACCUCAAGGCCUGCCUGGAGCACAUCCGCGACGUGUACGGACCCGAAAAGAUCUACACCAUCGCGCACUGCAUGGGCAGCGUGGCGUUCGCAUCGGGCCUCCUAGACGGCACCAUCCCCGCCUCCUGGAUCCUCGGCAUCACCUGCUCGCAGGUAUUCAUGAACCCUGUCUGGGGCCCAACCAACAUGGCCAAGGUCAUGGCCGGGCCGCUGCCCAUGGACCGGCUGUACGACCUCUUCGCAGGCAGCUGGUUCUCGUGCAGCACCUCGCACAACGACACGCUCGUCCAAAAGGCGGUCAACCAAGCCCUCCGCCUCUACCCACAAGCCCGGCGGGAGAUGUGCAACAACGCGGCCUGCCACCGCACCUCGCUCGUCUUCGGGCGGUGCUGGAACCACGCCAACCUCAACGAGGCCACGCACCGCCAGAUCGACCGCUUCUUCGGCGGCGUCAACAUGCGCCAGCUCAACCUGCUCAUGAAGAUGGGCUACGACGGCCACGUCAUGGGCAACGCGCCGCUGUACGAGCCGCUCACCUCUGAGGCCAACAUCGAGCGCCUGCGCGGCAUCCCCGUCAUGCUCUUUGUGGGGCGCGACAACGCCGUGCUCUCGCCCGAGGCCACCGAGCGCACGUACGAGACGCUGUGCGACGCCUUUGAGGACGGCGAGUACAAGCGCAAGGUCGUGCCUGGGUAUGGACAUCUGGAUGGCUGGAUGGGCCGGAAUGCCUGGAAGGACGUGUAUCCCUUUGUGCGGGAGGAGGUGGAUCGUGUGACGAGGGGGGAGGCGUAUGAGUUUGUGGAGCCGGACGAUCGGUUCAAGGCGAUGGUUCAUGGGGGGGAGUUGUUGUAUUGA